AUGUGCGUUUAUCACUUUGAAAUCUCAGAUGCAGAUCGCCAUUCAAGGGUCUUGCAUCGGGUAGAAGGGACGAGUGACGACCGACGAAUACACAUCUCCGAUAGAGGAAAGACGAACAGAAGCAGCGAGAGGCAGAUCAAGUGUGCUCCAGCGGUUCUUGGUUGCCUCAUUUGUCCGACAGGAAACGCUAAGGAAAGGGGAGGGGUCCGGCGCUCCUUUGUUGGUAGAACCUCCGUCAUCGACAAUCAUGGAUCGAGUGAAUGGGGUGUUCAAUGGUCACGCAGCCACGAGGAGGGAAAGGCAUCUCCGGUGCUUGGCUGGACCGAAAAGAAAAGGAAUAAGAGAAUGGAAGCAGCAGUUAACCACAGGAGAAGAGGGAAACAUGGGCAGUGAUUAGGUGGUUUCUUUGAGUUCACAGGGGGUUUGGAUUGUUGUUCACAUCGACAGGAACAAUGGAGGAAAGAGAGAGGUUGUUUCUUAUUAGCUCACCGAGAAACCACAAGAGAACCACCUCCAAUGGAGGUGUUCUUAGUUGUGCAUCGAAACAGAAAGAAAGGAGGGAAGAAAGAUAGACUGUGAGGUAAGACUGAGUGAAUAUUUGUGAUCCAAAAAUAUAUAUUUAGAAGACUUUUGUGGUACUUUGUAAUCUAUAAUUUGAUCUCGAAAGUACAUUGCAGUAUUGGUUUCCAUUUGUGCAUGUGGGU